AUGGGCGCAAUCCCAGCCCCCAAGAAAACGGUCAAGAAGGCCACCCCCAAGAAGUCAAAGGCGAUUCCUCCUCAGCUGGCUGCUGCGGUUGCUGCUUUUCUGUCCAACAAUGGCUAUUCCGGUGCUAGUGAAGCAUUCCUCAAGGAACUCGGCAAGCAGAACAAGCCCGACUUGCUGAAGGCCCCGUCGCUGCUAGAGAUUUUCGAGUGCUGGGAGAACAAUACCAACAAGAAGGAUUCUCCCGCGACCACCACGAAGUCCUCCAGCAGCAGUUCGUCCAGCUCCUCCAGUGACUCGGACAGCGGCAGCUCCAGCAGUUCGAGUGAUAGCAGCGACUCGGACUCGGACGUCGAUAUGAAAGAUGCUCCCAAGCCCAAGCCCACUCGCUCAUCAUCCCCUUCGUCUUCUAGCUCGUCCAGCUCGUCCAGCUCGUCCAGCUCCGACAGUGAUGCUGACGAUGAGAAAGAAGAGCCGGCGGCCCCUGCUCCGGCUCCUACCCCGAAGAAGGCGGCUGGCGUGAAGCGGAAGGCCGAGUCGAGUACGGACUCCAGCUCGGAAGACGACAGCCCCAAGACCAAGAAGGCCAAGAUCCCUGCCAAGAAAGUAUCUUCGUCUUCGUCCUCGUCUUCUUCCUCGUCUUCUUCCUCGUCUUCGUCUUCGUCCUCUUCCUCAUCCAGCAGCUCGGACAGCGACUCAUCCUCCAGCUCUGAUUCUGAUUCCUCGUCUGAUUCAUCGCUAUCGGAGUCCGAUAAGGCUACCAAGAAAGCCAACUCCAAGACUUUGAAACAAGCCACGAAGACCCCACUUCCUGAGUCCGGCAGCAGCAGCAGCAGCGAUUCCGAUGAUAGCGAUUACAAAUCCGCCAACGAGAAGACCGGCGGUGUGUCCCUUGUGCCCAACGAGUCCGACACCAGUGCCACUCUUGGGGCGUCGCCAGACAACCAUGUGCACCCCUCCAGGGCCGCUCAGUUCUCUUCGUCCUCUUCGAACGCCAGCCCAGCUCCUGGAAGCGGCUUUGCGAAGAAGAAGCACACUGGCGCCCGUCCCACCCCUCUCGCUGCACUGAGUGCCCUGCCCCACGACCACCCUUCGAACGACUAUAUCUCGUACGCCUAUGCGGACCGUGCCUUCAAUGAUUUGUCCGUGACUCGUGGCAAGGGCUUCACCAAGGAGAAGAAUAAGAAGAAGCGCGGGUCCUACCGUGGUGGCCCUAUCGAUAUAUCCGGAGGCAAAUCCUUCAAGUUUGAUGAUUAG